AGGUAAACAUUGCGAAGAAGAAAACCACUUCCGCACAGUCAGAGCUGUUUCCAGCUACCUGCACUUUGCCUUUUGUCGCUUUAGCCACAGAAUGGCUAAAAUGAAAGACAAGAAACGAGAAAAUGUCAGUAUCGCUUCCGAGAUUGACCGGUUGGAGGAAAGACGGGAGCGUUGCCAGGACAACCUGGAGAGGGCGGAGUUUAAAAGCAGGAAGGCGAGGUUGUCCGAGCUGGAGAGACAAGAACUGGAAAAGGAAAUGGCAAUAAUAAAUGAGAGGGUGCAAAAGCUAGAUAAAGAGCUUGCGAUGUUGAGAGGAGAGAACCGAAGGAACAUGGUGCUGUCAGUGGCCCUGCUUACGAUCAGUGCUCUAUUCUACUACGUCUUUUUCUACAAUGAGGAUGACACAUGAUGCCACAGAGAACCUCAGAGGAAGCUGCUGCUCUUAACAAGCUCAGCUCAGCCUUGUAACAAGAUGAUUAUCUGAGCAUGUACCAAAAAAAAAAAAAGUCAUAAGGAUUGAAACUUUUUUUUUUUUUUUUUUAACGAGCCGAAGAGUUGAUUGAAAUGCCUCAGUUCUGCCUCCAGGUGGCGUCAUUGUCAUGUAAAGUUUCUCUGAUGCUGCCAUAAAGUUGCCAAAAUUUACUGAACUUUCUAGAUUAUGUACCAUUUUUGAAUCCUGUGGACCAACAGUGAUAAAAAAAAAAA